CUCGAUUACAAUUUCAUUCCAUAACCCCUGCCUCCCCAAUACAGCUUGAACGCACUCACACACUCUACGUUUUUUUUCUCCAUACGAAAUAUAGUCAAUUAUUAUUGAGACUCGCAUUAUUGUCCGUAAUUAAGAGUCUAUAAUACUCGACACACUGUCAAGAGAUAAGAGUACAUAUUCGGGAAAUUGCAAUAUUGUAUAAACACCCGUCAUUGUUUCCAUUAUUAUUCAACAUCGAAGGACAGUGAGCGUGAAGGUCCAGAAGAAAGGAAUUGCCUUCGACUGUACACGAAAGAAUAUCUCCAUUGGCAACAGUUGGCAGUCGAAUACUAUUAGACAUAACAGGGUAUCCUAAGUGUUCGUCGUGUGAGUUCGUUAACCGCGAAGAGGAACUGCGCACUGCGGCUUCCCCGGGAGUGAAAAUCAAGCCAAGGAUUUGGGGGAAAUCAAACGGAACCCUUUGCUGGGCUCCUUACGCUCCUCUCACCAAUCCACUUCUUCUACCUCUUCCUCCUCCUCUCUCUCUCUGGUGUGUGAUGGCGCUGUGUGUGUGAGCCAUGGGCCCCUCUCCGACCACCCUGUCCAAGCUCAAGCUGGGGAAGCUGCGUGUGGUGCGCCGGCGGCUGCUACAGCGCUACGAGCACCAGCCCUAUGUCUCGUGCCUGGCCGGCCUCUACGGCUGUCAAUGGAGACGCUACCAGAGGACCCGCGCCACACCGGGAGACUGCUGCUGCAGCAAGUUGGAGUGUGUCAGCUUUGUUCUCCUCAUCAUGACUUUCUGUCUCACGCUGGUCUUCCUCUACUUCUGGAGUGAAGCUCAGAAUGACUACAAUGAUUUUGACUGGUUUAACUUUGGGAACCUAGGAUUCUGGUUCCCCUGGUCUGUGGUGUUGCUGGUCAUUGCUGCCUCUUUUUUCAGCUACGUCACUCUGCUGCUGCUGUUGGCUGUGUGUCUGCUGUCAGAGGGACAGAAGCUGUACCUACACUGGGGCCACAAGAUUGGCAUUCUGGUGACUCUAGCCUUCUCCAUUGUGGCCACUGCAGUUCUGUCUGACCUAUGGAGCAAAGAGUGGACCACUCUCCUCCUUUCUUUCCAGGUGACGGCGCCAUAUUUGCAUGUGGGAGGAGUCUUGUUGAUGACACUGCUAUCCUGGCCAAUAGCCUUACAUUUCUUCCGCAUCAAUAAGAAAGUAGGGCGGACACUCAUCAUGGGGCUGUACUUGGCCGUUCUGUGUGCCCUCUACUUAGUGCCCCUGGGCAUGUACUCACCCUGCCUCAAAAAAGAGGGUGCUCUAGGCCCCGCUCCAGCCCUCAUCGGGCACAGAGGGGCACCCAUGCUUGCUCCAGAGAACACUCUCAUGUCCUUUGAGAAGGCAGUGGAGGCUGGUGGGGAAGGUCUGGAGACUGACGUCACCAUCAGCUACGACGGGGUGCCCUUCCUGAUGCACGACCGCACCCUGAGGAGGACUACCAAUGUGCAGAAGGUGUUCCCCAACCGGACGGAUGCCCCUGCGGCCAUGUUCACCUGGGGAGAGCUGGAGACCCUCAACGCCGGGGACUGGUUCCUCUAUCGCGACCCUUUCGGCACGGCCUGGUCUCUGGGCGCCGAGGACCGGGCGCAGGCACAGAACCAGUCUGUGUGCACCCUCAGGGACUUCCUGGAACUGGCAGCCCGGAGGGGCAAACAGGUGAUCUUUGACCUCUACCGCCCCCCUCGGGGCCACCCCUACAGGGACACCUGGAUCACACACACCCUCGAGGUCAUCCAGAACGAGUCCUCCAUCCACUCACACCAGGUGCUGUGGCUGCCCCCAGACCUGCGGAGCCUGGUCCAGAAGAUGGACCCUGACCUCCAGCAGACCUCUGGGUCCUGGAGUCCAGUGGAGGAGCUGCAGCAGAACCACAUCGUCCAACUCAACCUGCACUACAGCUCCAUGUCUACAGAGAUGAUCAGUGAGUAUGCGGCGGCUAACAUCAGCACCAACCUGUAUGUGAUCAGCCAGCCGUGGCUCUACUCUCUGGCCUGGUGCUCCGGGGCUCAGUCUGUCACCACCAAUUCCCCACAGCUCCUCUACAAACUCACCAGACCCCUUUUCCUCAUGACUCCAGAUGAGUACAAUCUGAUGUGGGUCCUCACCGAUGUGGUGUCCUUCAUCCUCAUCCUCAUCAUCUUCAUCUUCCACUGGUGGCGAGAACGAGGCUUGGCUUUCUAUUCGGGCAGCAAACACACACUAGAACACGGCACCUACAGCAAGUUCAGGACAGAGAUGAGUGAUGUGUGGUCCGUCUCCAGUGUCAACAUCCUGGGAGAGCCUGCUGGAAGCCCUCUAGCCACUGAGCCUCACCUGGCGACCAUUUGAGCACUGAGAACCAAUCUCCUCUGUGAGGCCCAGUUCAAACAAACCAUUCCUCCCCCUCCCCCUCACUCUCACAACACCCCUGGGCCCAACCUGGCAUCUCACCAGGACCCAACAUGGUAACCCGGAGUUAAACCUGUCAACCCCUGUAACUUUUAGGCCUCACAUCAUUGAACUAUUUCUCAUUCUCACUAUCUGAGCUAUAAGUGGCGCUGAUGUUGUGUCACUUGCAGAAAGGAUUUCAUUGCAUAGAAAUGAAUCCGUAAAUCCCAGAUUAAAGCCCACACAGCCUCAAGGACCAUAACCAACUCUUCACACUACAGACACCCUGUGAUUCUGGGAAGAGAUGACUACACUAUUGAACCAGGCCCAUGGAAAUGGAUUACUCACUGCAUUAAUAUCAGAAAAAAAAGAAACCUUCCGCUGUAGAUAUUCUCAAUUUAUUUUGCCCUCCAUGGGUUCCUUUCCAUUUCAGCAGCCACUGCAGUGUCGAGUUACGUCAAUUACAAACACUUUACCAUUUCAGCAGCCACUGCAGUGUCGAGUUACGUCAAUUACAAACACUUUACCAUUUCAGCAGCCACUGCAGUGUCGAGUUACGUCAAUUACAAACACUUUACCAUUUCAGCAGCCACUGCAGUGUCGAGUUACGUCAAUUACAAACACUUUACCAUUUCAGCAGCCACUGCAGUGUCGAGUUACGUCAAUUACAAACACUUUACCAUUUCAGCAGCCACUGCAGUGUCGAGUUACGUCAAUUACAAACACUUUACCAUUUCAGCAGCCACUGCAGUGU